AUGGCCGCCACUCUGCCCAACGUUUCCGCCGACCUGAUCUGGGAGGUCGUCCGCGCCCAGAAUGCGUUCCUGGUCAACCGCAACGAUGCCGGCGGUCUCCAGCUCUCCCGCGACCCCCUUAACCUGGUCAACAAGCACUCCCGCAAAUACGCUGGUUUCGUCAACGACAAGGCCAUCGGCGUUGUCCCCAACGAGAAGGGUGGUGUCAAGGUGAUCAGCAAGAACCAGAAGAACUUCAACAAGCCCUCCAAGGCCUACACCGAGGUUACCUUCGGCGGCAACAAGUCUUCCCGCAAGACCUACUCCGCCGUUGCCCGCCAGGCUGCCGCCGGCGGCUACCGUGGCGACCUCCGCGAGGCCGCCGUCCAGCGCGUCUCCGCCAUCCGCCGCUCCCAGCGCCCCGUGAAGGCCACCCCCGAGAAGAAGGCCCGUGGCGUCAAGGCCAAGCAGGCCGCUGCCGAGGCUGAGGCAUAA